GAAACAGGAAGCCCAAAAAAAUCUUGUCAACUCAAGAGUGCACGUAAGCCUCUGUCUGACUGCCAGUGCCUCACAGUUUAUCGUGUUCUCCUAGCUAACGUUACGGUUAGAAACUUGUCUUAUCUGGUCGCCACUAAAAGACCAAAUGGGGUGCUUCUUUUCGAAAAAAUCCAAAAGAAAGUCAUCCGAAAAAGAUGACCGUACACCGACAACAACGACUGUCGAAACGACGACAAGCAACGCGGUUCCCCUUGGCAACAACAGCGACGAGGCACCGAAGCAGUACAGCUGGGAUAAGAGAGAAAAGGUUGAUCCCAAAGACUACAUGCUGUCAGGGCUCAAAGAUGUCACGGUGGGCCGGCUGCCUGGAAAACUGAACGGGCAACAGUUUGUCAUCCAGGAGUGUGAGAACUGCAACAUCUACGUGUUUGACCACUCAGCAACUAUCACUAUCGAUGACUGUGUCAAUUGCCGCAUUGUUUUAGGACCUAUCAAGGGCAGUGUGUUUUUCAGAGACUGUAAAGACAUCAAGUGCGUGGUGGCCUGUCAGCAGUUCCGCACGCGAGACUGUAAAAAGAUGGAGGUGUUCCUGUGCUGUGCCACUCAGCCCAUCAUUGAGUCAUCUACGGGUAUGAAGUUCGGCUGCUUUCAGUACUUCUACCCCGAGCUGGCCUUCCACUUCAAAGAUGCCGGGCUCAGCAUAUUCAACAACAACUGGAGCAACAUCCACGACUUCACGCCGGUGUCAGGAGAGAACAACUGGAGCUUGUUGCCAGAGACUUCAUCGGUUCUGGAUUAUAUACCGAUCCCAGACCCUGAGUCUGAAUUCAAGUCUGUUCGAAUUUCCACUGAACCCCAACGCAGCAUUGUGCCUUUGACAAAGGGAGGGAGGCGUAAGGACAGUGAAGAGUCCUGCCUCUUUGUUUUCUUCUCAGGAGAAUACACCACUGCAAAUGCCCGCAAACUGAUCGAUGAGGCAACUGCUAAAGGUUUUGUGCUGAUCCAGACAAAGGAAGUGUCAAUGCGACCUGAAGAUGUGAAGAGAGUGUUUCAGAACAGUGCAGAGGAUCUCGUGGAGUGGAUCACCAAAGGUCCUGUCAUUGCCCUCGAGCUGAACGGUGACGGAGUCGUAGGAGCCUGCAAGAACAUCGCUAAUGAAGUGUUCAGUGGGACCAAGGUCUUUGUCUCUGAUAACAAAAAUACAUCCUCUCAAGAUGUGGACAGCUUCUUCAACUUUGCUGACAUGCAGAUGGGCUUGUGAUUGAUUAAGUAUCAAAACAAACUGCUCAUCAGACAUGGAAUCUGAUCUUUAAAAAACCCUGCCAUCCAGUUGGGGUUGAGUAUGAGUAGGGUUUGAUUAUUGGCCUGUGUUUGCCCUCAAAAAUAGGAUCGCAAUGGAAAAUAUUAAGGACUGCGUUUGAUAAAGCCUUGGAUAAAACAAUUCAGUUCCUCAACCAUGAGUCUGCAGACUAAAAUUCGUCCCCUUAUCUUCUAAACACAUUAGCUGUAAACCAUUAGUGGCAAUAGUACUGUGAAUAUUUAUAUUUAUAUGAAUGUAUUCUGUAAUUCUGUUGCUUUUAAUCGAUUGUAAAUGUAGCUCUUUGCUGUAAAUGUAAGUCGAUAAAAUUUAAAGCUUUGUUUUUCUUGGUGGAAAAACCCAUGUGCACACGAAUGCCUGAAGGGAAUCAUUGUAUGUACAUAAAUCAUAUUCUUAUUUCUUACAAGGAUUUAUUUGUGUAUGUGGAUUAGAUAAUGGAUUUGUAUAUUUGAGACAUGGUGUGUAGAUAUUAACUACAUCUUUAAUGAUAUGUUAGGCCAAAGUUAAAUUGUGAAAGUUUGUAUCUUACUGUUCAAGCAGAUGAACUGACCUGUAAACACUUGCUGGGUUUUUGAUGUAGGCAACUCAUGUGAUCAUCAUCUAUAUUUUGUAAUACUUGUUUUAUACUCGACUGAAUGUUUUUGUAUGGACACAAAUUAAUGUUCUAUAUCAUAUAAUUUCUUUAGUAAAAGUUUUAUGUGUGACUUCAUUUUGUUAUAAGGCUUUUCACACCUGUACUGUUGGAAAAACGCAGUGUGUUACAGUGAUACCGGUUAUAGGCUGACACUUGAGCCAAUGGUAACAACAGGCUAUAAACACAAAUAUGGUAAAGAAUCCGUCCUCCUGAGUUAGUCUAGUUCCUCUAGUCACUAUGAACAGCAAACCACUUGGUUUUAAGGUUGUCAUUUACAAUAAGAUUAUAUGAAGAACUGCCACUAAGGUUAACGGAAACAUUCUGUUUCCCCUUUUUAACCCGAUCAGCCUGUUCUUUUUUUUUUGUAAAGAGCUACCAAAGGUCGACUUGAGCGAUUUGAAAAUUUUAAACAAGCUGUAAAUGGAAAUAAUCCUGUCUGACUUCAUGUAUUUUGUGUUGAGCUGGUAAAAAAAGUUAUGUAUAAUCACUCAAGGACGUAUUCUCCUUGGUGUUAUAGAAGCAGAUUGCAUAGUUAUUAGAUUGGUUUCAUUUUUUUUUGAAGCAGAGUGAAUCAUGGUUUUUGAAUUGGUGAGUUUAUUGUGCUGUCUUCCUUAGCGAUACACAUUUAGCAGCUUUUAUUUCAGCUGUUUGACUUUCACCUACUUAAACAGCAUUUUCAUCUUCAUCAUUUGGUUUGGUAUUGAUUGUACCAGUCGAUGGCUAUAACAGCUAAUGUCACUCAGUCUGUGUUGGGACCUAUCAUUUAUUCAUUAAUCAGCGAUAACAUGCAACACAUUGCAGUUUUAGUUCAAACUGUUUUCUACAGUUGCCUUUAAGGGAAUAUACAUAGGGACUUUUUGUGAUGUAAUUUUGUAUUUAUAAACAUUUUGUACUUCAGCAUACAGUUUUUGUAGAGCAAUUUGUCUUUAUGAAUGCACAUUUGUCUGUAAUUUGUUGUUUCCACACUUAAAAUGACACCCUGUCUUUAUAAAAUGGCAGAGCCACAUUAAAAGCCGUAGGCUAUCUGAAAGCA